AUGGGCUGUUUGCCAGCAGCGAAAUUGUCGCACAAAGCAGGUUAUGGCGAAUUGACGUUGCUCGUUCCUCUGUUUUUAGUGCGGUAUGUUGGUGGAGCGUCGCUAUGCGCGAUUAUUGUUGUAUUCGAGGAAUCCGUUGUGAAGGCAUAG